UGAUUUUUUAAAUAUUGCGGCAGUAAGAAAUACAAUUAUUUAUGAACUGAGCCAUAAGACGCGCCUAUAUUUGAUUAUAAUUUCUGGGAAAAUAUUCCUUAACAAAACACUUGGGAAAUCUGUGGGUGAAAAUGGAUUACUACAAAAUUGAAGGAGACAAAGCAACUGGAAAUUACAUUUCGUAUUUGAUUAUAUUUCACUUUUAGGCAAAUAAAUUUUAAGAAAAUUAUCAAAAUUUGUCUUUCAAAUGGAGGAUGAUUUACACAGCGAACUCGAACCGGAUACUAUUCCAAUUAAAAUUGGUAUAAUUGGAGAGGCCAAUCUGGACAAGCCCAUAUAUUUGGAAGAGCGCAUGGAAUAUGCUGUCUGCACUCCGUUUGGAAAACCAUCAGAUGUGGUCAUCGAUGGCCAAAUAGAUGGCGUAAAUGUGUGUCUCCUGUCGCGAAAUGGCCGAAGCCACGACAUCAUGCCGAGUAACAUUAACUACCGGGCCAAUGUAUGGGCUAUGCGUAAGAUGGGCUGCACCCAUAUCUUAGUGACCAACACGUUUAGCUCCCUAAGGGAUACCUUCCAGCCGGGACAUUUAGUGGUACCCGAAGAUGUGAUCGAUUAUACGACAAGGCGUGCCCAGACCUUUUAUGACGGUGCCGUAGGAAGUCCUUUGGGAGUCUGCCACGUUCCCAUGAAUCCCACCUUUUGCGAGCGCACCAGGCAGCACCUUAUAAAUGCUGCCAAAGAAUUAGAAUUUCCUACCCGAUCUAGUGGUACUGUUCUCACCCUGGAAGGACCUCGUUACUCGACCGUUGCCGAAAACAAUAUGUUCCGUAAGUGGGGCGCCGACCUGCUGAGCAUGACCCUUUGUCCCGAGGCCAUUUUGGCCAAAGAGGCCGGAAUCCCGUACGCCUCCUUGGGUCUGGUCACCAACAUGGAGUGCUGGUGCGCCCAGCAGCCUAACGCCACCACCCAUGAAAUCAUCUACAUUUUCAAGAAGCAAUCUGAAAACCUUCAGAAGGUUUUGACCACGGCUAUAAAAACUAUGGCUGCUGAGGAUUGGGCUGAGGAUAUCUUGAAGGCAAAGAUUCUAGUGUGCAGUAACUUCGCCAAUAGUAAAUAAUGCGUCCUCGUUAGAAAACAUUUGUUUCGAAAUAAAAUUAUACAUUUUUCUAUAAAUAUAUUACUAAGAAAAUCUAGUGAUUUGAGCAUAUGUGAAGCUUAAUUGCUUGUAAAUAAAUACAGGAAAAUAAGUUCUAUAACGCUUGAAC